CUGGGAUCUUUCAAAUGUUUGAACGUCAACACAUGCUUAGCAACAGCACCAAGAGGCUGCCCCCUCCACCCGGAAGUUCCCACAUCAGUAGUUGUGAUACAUCGGAGAGAUUUUAAUGGUGCACACCCGAAGCCCUCAUCGCUGUUGGUAUUACCUCAGCCUAAUCUUGGUUAUCACAUCUUUAGUAACACCAGCAAGUUUCCUCGUCCACCACCUAUUUCUGCGCAGGAUAAGUAUUCUUACAAGAAUAUGCAAAACCGACAAAGAUACUCUGCUGAAUCAUCGAGGCCUUCAUUCUCAUCUUCAUCCCGCUCAUCCUCUUUCUCUUCUCUUGACUGUAACAAAGCUACUCAGUUGGAAGCUGGAUCAUUUGACAGAAUGAUUUUCCCCAAAACUUCUUCAAGGGACUCAGCAACGAGCCUGCAGCCCUUGUCUAGUCGACAAGCUCUUGAUCUUCGAGAUCUGGUGAAGGAGUCAAUUUAUAGGGAAACUCAUGGUUCAUCGGUAAAGGUUAUGCCUAGUGAGGGAGCUGCAGUUCCGUUCGUGUACAGAGACUCACCAAGGCUACAAUCAGAAACCAGUGAUGGUGGCGACAAGAAACAAUGCUCGCCUGCUGACAUCAAGGAGUCUCUUAGAAUUCUUGCUAAGCUUCAAGAGGCGCCUCGCUAUAACAAUGAAGCUAGAGCACUUUUGAGAUCAUCAUCGUGCCAUUACAAAGAUGGAUCAUCACUAUCAAUCUCAAGAGACGGCCCUCGGUUUUCUUAUGAUGGAAAUGGUUCCAAUUCUGCUCUGAAGCUUAAAGACCUUCCAAGACUUUCAUUGGACAGUAGGGAGAGCUCGAUGCGGAGUGUGGGUGCUGACUCAAAGUCCAUUGUCCUCUCAAAAUCUAUGCAGAAAAACUGCAGUCUGGUCCAAGGGAAGGUUCAAACACGCCCCCCAAGCGUCGUUGCAAAGCUGAUGGGUUUGGACUCACUACCGGAUUCUGUUUCAUCCGGUGACAGCAACAUGGGUUCCACUAGGAGUUAUCAAGGCAAAAGUUUAGUUGAUGAAUCGAGCUUGUCUGAGAAAACAGAUAAAACAAAACCUGUUCAACUGUCUAGUCCCUCAAAGAACUCGUGGAAGGAGCCCAUCUCACCACGUUGGAGGAACUCUGAUGGUUCGGUAAAACCUAUGUCAUGGCUUCCCCUUGAGCCAGCACCGUGGAAGCAGAACGAUGGGACGAGGACUUCCCAGAAACCAGCAUCCAGAAGUGCAAGAGCUCCUGCAAAUGCUUCCACCGCAUUUCCUUCUGUUUACAGUGAGAUAGAGAAGAGAUUGGGAGAUCUUGAGUUCACACAGUCGGGAAAGGAUCUUCGAGCACUUAAACAAAUACUAGAUGCAAUGCAGGUAAAGGGACUCUUGGAAACGUCGAAAGAUGUGCAAGGUUCAAAAUACAGUAUUCAUAAAGAUCAUGAGGAGUUCCUUUUAAGUUCCUCGAGAUCAGUAGACAGGGGAAAACUACUGGCUGAUGAAGUGCUUGCUAUCACCAAGAGAAAGGCCAUUGCUGCCCAAACUCAUGAGUCUCCUAUUGUUAUCAUGAAACCGGCUAAAUCUUUCGAGAAAUCUGGUAUCCCUGUUGGUUCUGUAGUUUCACAUGGUGGCUUUUCUAGUCAGCCUAAUCUUUGGGUUAGUGAAUCAGCCAACAAUAGAAAAAGUUCAUAUGGUGGCAGGAUAUCCAACGAUGUAGGUUCAAAGUUUAGUGAACGACAGAGUGCUCUAAGUUCUGUCGGUACAAGAAAUAACAGAACUCUAAGGACCACACAGACUUCGACAAAGUCCCAGCAGUCGGCCACAGAUGGUUCUGCAGGGUUAAAUAAGAUCUCUGGACCAGUCAGCCCGAGAAUGCAACAAAAGAAGCUCGAACCUGAGAGAAGGUCUCGGCCUCCCACCCCUCCUGAUUCAAGCAAAUCAAGAAAGCAGCCAAACAAGCAACAAGCUGAAUCCAAUUAUCCUGGCGGAAGACAAAGAUCAAAGAACAGUUAUUCUCAGAAAUGCAAUGAGCAGCUGAGUGAGGUCAGUGUUGAAUCAAGAAAUUCAAGUUCCCAUGACAUUGAGGAUUAUGCUGAAUCAAAUGAAACCAUUACACGGGGCUAUAGAAAUGUUGAAUUUAAUAGCUCUAAAAGAUCUCCUCGUGCCACUGGUUUGGAUAGCUUAUCUUCAAAGGCUUCUCAGUUUAUACUAUCUAGUGUUGUGGAAAAGAAUUCUACCCUGAUGCUGAGCGAGGAAGAUGCAGGUGAACCUGGUUAUGUUCCUCCUGAGUACUUAAGCCCUGUCUCGGUUCUUGACAAUGCAGCGUAUGCACACGACUCUCCUUCUCCUAUAAAGUAUACAGGGAAGACCCUCAAAGUGGAUGUACCUGCAGUCAACGAGAGGGAUCCAAAUGCUGUGGAAGGGAGCUCCACUGAGAGCUUCAUUUCCAGCUCAGUGGAAUCUGGCUCUACAUUUGACUACACGAGGGUAAAACUUCAAAACAUCGAUAACUUAGUUCAGAAGCUCAUAAGACUCAAUUCCAGCCAUGAUGAAGCGCGCACAGACUACAUUGCCUCUUUGUGUGAGAAUGAGAACCCAGACCACAAAUACAUUUCUGAGAUCUUACUGGCUUCGGGCCUCCUCCUCCGAGAUCUUGGUUCAAACCUGACGGAUUUCCAGUUUCAUCAAUCAGGCAAUCCUAUAAACCCUGAGUUGUUCUUAGUCUUGGAACAGACACAGGCUAGCGCUUCAUCUAAAGACAAGUCCACCGCCACAACUCGGUUGACAGCAAAUGAAAAGCUGCAAAGGAAAUUGAUAUUUGACACUGUCAAUGAAACUCUUGCUAGAAAAUUGGCCUCCACGAGUCCAGAUUCCAAGCCUUGGUGGGGGCAGGUUAAGCUUGCAAGGAAGGUGUUGAAUGCUCAGAAUCUGCUCAAAGAACUUUGUUGUGAGAUUGAAGAACUCGAGACGAAGAAUCCAAUUUGCAGUUCAGGUGACGAAGACGAUGGGUGGAAAACAAUCUUCUCCCACGACGUGCUGCUCCAGUCGGACAACUGGAUGAACUUUGACACUGACACCUCAGGCGUUGUUCUUGACAUUGAACGGCUUGUUUUUAAGGAUUUAGUCGAUGAGAUUGUGCGCGGAGAGUCUGCUGGCUUGACAGCAAAACGAGGUAGCCGUAAACCCUCUGGCAAGUGAUUUGCAUCCGAAAGCUUGCUGUGUUCUGCAUCUCCAAUUGCAUUUUCCUCUAUUUGUUUACCUAACAUAGGAACUGGCUGGUUGGAUUGUAAAGGAAACUGCUGUUAAUUGACUACAGUGUAUUUAUGAAGAUUAACAUUUAACUGCAAA